CGUCACCGACCACCUGACCAGAGCCUGGGACUUUUAGACAGGGUCAAGACAGCUGCGAGGAAAAAUGAUGGCGCAUUCGAGAACGGGCUUUGACCAUACCUUUCCUCAGUCGUCGCUCCGUACAUUGUUUGGUCACGCAGUAAAAACUACUUAGCUCAUGUUUGGCAUGCGUUUUUUUUUAAAUUGUGACUGUCGCGCUUUUGCUUGUGAGACAUUGCCCGCCGUCGUUAGCUUGUUGGCUAGCCCUCGAGCGGUUGCCCGACGUCCCCCCCCCCGUCACCGUGUGGUCCCCGGGCCAAAACGCUAACGGAGCAGAGGGAGGGGGGGGGGUCUCCGGCUCGUGAUAACAGUGCGUAGCAGGACGUCAACGAGGCCGAACACGCGCAGUCGGAGCUGGGCACAAAGCGGGUUAAACUCGACCUGCGCUCCGAGGGACUUCGUUUUCCCGUCGCGGGUGUAGCGGCCAGCGUCAAGCUCGGCGGAAGCGACGCCCAAUGGGAUCCACCGUGAUUUCUGUGAUGCCGCUGUUCCUGUCGCUGCUGAUCUUAUAUGUGCCACUAGGGGGUGGCACCUCACCAAUCAGCUGCUACAAUGACCAAGGAGAUGCUGUAGACUGGUUCUAUAUGUACAAGCUGCCUAAAGAUCAUGGCAGAAAAUCUCCCAAAGAGGGUGAAAAGUAUUUACUUUUGGAGAAAGGGAGUGAAGGAUGGACUGAUGGGAAGGGGACAGUGAACGACACAACGGGAGCCCUGGGCAGGACAGUCGGACAACUGUACUCACAAGGGAAGAACACAGAGGUAGCGUACAUCCUGUACAAUGACCAGAGGCCACCUGAGGAGGACUUUGGUGACAGAUGGGUUGACAACAGUGGAAGCAGAGGGGGGCACACGAAAGGUGUUGUGCUACUGGAUAAAAAUCAGGGCUUCUGGUUGGUCCACAGCACCCCUCGCUUCCCCCCUGUACGACAGGCAGGAGAGUAUUAUUACCCGAGCAGCGGUGUGACCAACGGACAAAACUUCAUCUGCGUUACCUACCCGCUCGACCGCUUCCGGACCAUCGGAGAGCAGCUGCAGAUCAAUCAGCCUAAUGUCUACGAUUGCCAUGUCCCCGAGUCCUUGGCGUCCCUGGUGCCCGCGCUGGCUGCCAUCUGUGAGAAAAAACAUCUGUCCGGUCACACCUUUGCACAUGCCAAAACUUUAUCCAAUCGCAGCGUGACUUUGACCUCAAAGGAUGGAACCAACUUUAUCAGCUUUGCCAAAGGAGCCUCUUUUGACAAUGACCUCUACCACUCCUGGGUGGCCCCGACCCUCCAGUCAGACCUCCUGGUCCAGUUCUGGAUUCACUCCAAAGGCAUCCUCCCCUCCGACUGUUCGCUGGGCUGGAAGGUCCUGGACAUCACGCUCAUCAACCCGGGUCAGAAAUUCACUUUCAAGGCCAGCCACGACCACUCCAAGUGGGCUGUCAGCCCCAAGGCAGCCGGGGAGGGGGUCGGAGGAGGCUGGGUGUGUGUGGGAGACAUAAACCGGAACGAGGCAGAGGAGAAGCGAGGGGGAGGCACGGUGUGUCAGCAGGACCCGGUGGUGUGGAAGGCUUACCGGACGGCAGCGUUGGAGUGUGAGGCUUGUGGAGGAGGAACCAUUCAGUGUUGAUGCCCGGCUGGAGCCAGAUGGGUCAACUGGGUUUGAGGAAAGGGCCAUUAUGGUGCAUCUCACGUAGGUUUUUAAGAGAAAUAUUUCAACAUUUUAUAAUGUAAAUUACUUUUAAUGUCUAGUGAAAUCAAAUUGAAAUGAUCCAUGUUUACCCUUGUAAAAUUCAUAUGAUCUUUUCUAUUAAUAUCUACUUUUGUGAUAGCUUGAGAUGAGACAGUCAUUUCCUUCAGUACAUGGAGAUCCAAAUUCUUGAUGUCACGUCCGGGCCAGCCUCUGUUCCACUAGCUUCUGUAAAUCAGUGCAAUUUGUCUGAAUUAGCUUUUCUUUCAUCUGUCUUUGUGAAAAAUGACGCCCGUUCCUGGGAUUUAUUUUCCAUAUUCUAGGACAAGUCAGCUCCGCUACAGUGGUUUCCAUAAGAAACUGAAACAUUUGUGAUUUUUAACAAAGUUAAAUGAUUACUUUGUGAGCACAAAAAAAACUACAGCUCCCAUGAAAAAGCUACAAGCGCUGCUGAAAGUCAUUUUUCAGCUUUCUAAUUGUAAUCUCCGCUGUCUAAACACACAACACAACAGUGUUCAGUCCCCUCUGUCCUGUUAUUACAGACAUGUCUGAACUAACCAUGACCCCCUCGACUUGCUCGUGGACUCGCCUCUUCUGUCGAGCCGUGACAUUUACCCCUUGAUGGCUCAUGGGAAGUGGUGUUCGUUAUGGGCAGCCAAAAAACAUAAAUACUGAAUAAUCAACGAUAAAAGAUUUUCCUGUUACUGGAGCAGAACGUGGAAGGUACUGUUUCACUUCAGCUCAUAAUGCUGCAUUUUGCACAAAAUGCUGAUUUAAACAAAACAUCUUUAGGUAUUAUUCACUGAGAGUUAAACACUCAAAGACUGCUUCAUCAGGACUGUAUGGAUGUAGUUUGAUUAGAUUUGAUUCACAGUGACCAAACAAACCCACCAACUGACAUCAGAGUUGGACUCAAACGCUACUAAAUCCGGUGCCCAGAAAGUAAGGUGAGUCCCGCCUACCUCAAACCGAUGGGAUGACCAUAGAGAAACAGGAAUACAGAGGUCUCUCGUGUAAAAUAACCAAAACUGUUCCAACUUUGUAGAAUGAACUGGGUUGGGCAGAAAAUAGCGUUCAUUUAAGACCCCCAUACCGUUUAUCUUUAAGGCACAAGAAACGUUUUAGUUGUUCAUUUAAUUGUUCAGAAUCCUUCUUGGCUGCUAUAGAGGGCUGUUACCUCCUCCUUUUAAUUUAAUGCAUACAGAACAAUGCUGGAGUAGUCAGAUGUAAGGGGAAGCAGAGGGGUUUGUGGGAAAUAUGAUGCUCAUUUUGAAAAACCCCAAAACCUCAAAGUGCCACCAUUAAUAAAAGCAUCGGUUGAAGUGUC